AUGGCCAAAGUGCUGCUGAAACAAUAUUAUUCCCUCCUCUCCAUUUUCCUCUUCGCCAUUCUCUUUUCCGAGGCUAGAUUGAUCAUAUCAUCGCAUCCUUUCUCGACGAAACUGUCGGCAAAAGCUAUGGCGCCGAAGAAUGAGAAGCUGACCCAUAACCAUUUCUACUACCAUAACCUCCUCGCCGGCCCUAACGUUACGGCCCUGCCUCUCAACCCGAAAGGCCCUCUAGAUUUCAGCGACCCGGCCGAUUUGUUUGGGCGGUUAACCAUGGUGGACAACCCUUUGACGUUGGACCCAGAGCUCAACUCCACCACGGUUGGGAGCGCUCAGGGGCUAUACGGUGUCGCUUCCAGGAGCGAGGUGGCUUUUGUGCAGUUAUUCAACUUUGUGUUUACCGCGGAUGGCGGCGAGUACCGCGGCAGCACCGUCACUGACUCACUGUGUUGGGACACAACUCCAUAUUUGCCGACGGGACAAGGGAGAUGCCGGUCGUCGGCGGGCACCGGAGUGUUCGGCUUCGCACGUGGAAAGGUUCAUCUCAAAACGUAUUCCUUUAAUACCACGACCGGAAACGCGAUCGUGGAGUGUGACAUCUACGCUUUUCACUAUUGA